AUCAAACACCAAUAGAUGUCGUCACUGUCGUAUAGUCGUCCGCCCUUUUGGUCCAAGUUUGCUACGUGUAAUGGUGCAAAGGAUAACAUUUUGAAACCUCCCCCGCAUACAUGGGGGUGUCUUCCAAAGAAACGUCAUACAAAAAAACGGGUCCAUUUCAUUGAUGAGGUUCAAUUAGGUAGUCCAGCAUAUGGAGAAGUACUUCGAGGAGAUAUUGUCACUAAAAUUGGUGAAUAUGAUUCACGCGAUAUACGUCACUCAGAUGCUCAAAUGCUAUUCCGAACAGCAGGAAAUGAAAUUAGAAUAGUUGUUUCAAGGGACAGUAAAAUUGCUUACACACAAGGCUUGAGUAAUGAAUCAUCUAGAUGUUCAUCUACCGUUCCACCAGUUAGUCCCGUCAAUACCGGAAAUACACCCCAUAGAGGACCAUCACCAUUUCUGCCAGGACCUGGUUCAUAUGAUAGGGCAAUGCAUUCACCAGUGAACACUCUACCACACACAGUAUUUCCAAAUUUGAAUGAAUCUGGUGGUUAUGUUCCACCAUAUCGUCCAGAUUCAUCAGCAUCACAAAGAUUUAGUCCAAUGCCAACUAGAGAUCAUCAACAGGAUGUUAAAGAAGAACAAGCAGCCAUUGUUAAUCAGCCAUACCGAACAACUCCACUGGUUCUUCCCGGUGCUAAAGUAAAGAAGGAUGCUCCAACAACAGAUUCUUACUUGAGACACUACCCAAAUCCAGCUGUACGUGCCCCACCCGGUCAUGAAUACAACUACAAUGAUGUUUUAAUGAAGCAACGUGUUGCUGAUACAAUGUUGCACAAAGUUGUUGGCAGGGACGCCGACACCGGAAGGGUCUUUCAUAAACAAUUCAACUCACCAAUUGGCUUGUACUCAGAUAACAAUAUUGAAAACACAAUCAGGCAAACCGUUCCAAUUUUCAUCGAUCUAUCUUUCCUGGAACAAAAACAUAAAAUCCUGGAGCAACAAAAACAAAAACAACUACAUGAACAAGAGCAACGAAAUCAGCGCCAACAGCAACAUCGUUUCCAUCACAACUGAAAAAGACGUUUACAAUAAAAAAAAAAAAAAACAAAAAUCAAACAAAAAAAAAAAAAAAAAAAUAUAAAAAGUUUUCCCCAUACCUACCAACUUUUAUCCUAAAUUACUAACAAAUACUAAAUAACACUUAAAAAUCCUUCGAAAAUACUACUCAAAUGUAAAUAAACUUAGUUAAAUUUUUAUUUUGCUAUAAUUUUAUAACUUAGAAAAUUUUACUGGUCUUAGAGGCACCAAUCUGUCAGUUUAUUGAUUCUAUAAAACUCCUUUAAAACUCCAUUUAAUCGGAAAUACAAAAAGUAGCAAACUGCCAGGUUGGCUCAUGGCCUUGUUUAGUCAGAAAAGCUUAAAUGCCAUGCAAAUAUAUUUACAUAACAAUCUUAAGCAUAUACAAUUUAUAACUGUAGGCUUGAAAAUUAGAUUAUUCUUAGAUUUUUAAUACGAGCUUACAUUAAUAUAACGCCUUGAACCAAAAUUGUGAUCAAGUUUUAUCUUUCCUAUUGUUUUUAAAAAUAUUAAAAAAAAAAAUUAAUAAAUUGUGAUAAAAAGUUCCUAUAGAAAAUUUUACAAGCACAAGAUUUAUAUAUUUAUUAUUAUAUUUUUUUUUUGUUCAUUAAAAAAACACACAUUAUUAUGAGACAAGACAUUUUGAACUUUCACUAUUAUCUACUUCUCUUUUUCAUUUUUAAUCAUUUUUAUAACAUUUUUAUUUUUAACACUUUUUUUCAAUUUUAAGAAAGAAAAAAAAAACCUAAAAUUAAUUCUAACAUAUUGUGCACAUUUUCUCUCUCUCUCUCUUCACUUUUUUUUUUUGUUGGCAAUUUUAUAAACAAAAAUUAUACUGAAACAAAAAAAAAAAAAAAAUAAACAAAAUAAUAUUUAAAAUUGAUCCACAUAACAACAAAAACCAACUUUACUGUAAAAAUAAUAAUUCAACAUUGAAUGAUGGAUGAAAAUAUGGAUACGAUGUGGACUUUUGGAAAAUAUUUUUGAAAAAUCAAAUAAAUUUGGAAAAUAAAAAAAA